ACGAUUUGACAGCUCGUCAGGCAGCCAACCAGUCAACGGUGGGAUAGCUUCCUGCACAUAUAGUUUUGUUAUUUAGGUUGUUGGCCUGUUCUUGCCGUUUCGGCGAUUUCAACCCCAUCAUGACAUCCACUUUAGACGACAGCAGUAAGGAGAAAAUGCGCUCUGUGUCUGUGGAUCUAAACAAUGAUUCCUCUCUUCUCAUUGACAUCCCCGAUGCACUCUGUGAAAGGGACAAAGUCAAGUUUACUGUCCAUACAAAGACCACACUUAGCUCUUUCCAGAAGCCAGAGUUCUCUGUUCCCAGGCAGCAUGAAGACUUUAUCUGGCUACAUGACACUCUGGUUGAGACAGAGGACUAUGCUGGACUAAUAAUUCCACCAGCACCCCCAAAGCCCGACUUUGAGAGCCCAAGAGAGAAGAUGCACAAACUGGGAGAAGGUGAAUCCACUAUGACCAAGGACGAGUACACUAAAAUGAAGCAGGAAUUGGAGGCUGAAUACCUGGCUGUGUUCAAGAAAACCGUCCAAGUGCACGAAAUCUUCCUACAGAGAUUGUCUUCUCACCCCAUUUUAAGCAAAGACAGAAACUUCCAGAUUUUCUUAGAGUAUGACCAGGAUCUCAGUGUGAGAAGAAAGAAUGCCAAGGAAAUGUUUGGAGGAUUCUUUAAGAACAUGGUGAAGUCAGCUGAUGAGGUCCUUAUCUCAGGAAUAAAGGAAGUCGAUGACUUUUUCGAGCAAGAGAAGACGUUCCUGCUCGACUACUACAGCAAGAUAAAAGAUUCCACUGCCAAAGCAGAGAAAAUGACUCGUGCACACAAAAAUAUUGCGGAUGAUUACAUUCUUGUCUCUGCCACUCUGAACAGUCUCUCUGCUGAUGACAGUACAGCAAAUAAGAAGCACUUGGAGAAGUUAUCAGACCUGUUUGAGAAACUUAGAAAAGUGGAGGGGAGAGUUGCAUCGGACCAGGAUCUUAAACUCACUGAGCUGCUGAGAUACUAUAUGAGAGACAUCCAGGCUGCCAAGGACCUUCUGUACAGGCGAGCCCGGGCGUUAGCUGACUACGAGAAUUCUAACAAGGCUUUGGAUAAGGCUCGACUGAAGAGCAAGGACAUUGCACAGGCAGAGGAGCAUCAGCAGCAGUGUCUGCAGAAAUUUGACAAGCUCUCAGAGUCUGGAAAGAGAGAGCUCACCAGUUUCAAGGGCAGGCGUGUCGUGGCCUUCAGGAAGAACCUCAUAGAGAUGGCUGAGCUUGAGAUAAAACAUGCCAAGAACAAUGCAACUCUAUUGCAAGGAUGCAUUGAUCUGCUCAAGAGCAACUGACAUGCUUUCGGGUAUUCCUGUCCUACCCUCACCAAGUGGCCAGUCAUAGCAAAUGGAAACCUGGCGGCCCCGGGGGGCCUUGCAUGGACAUGAACCUAAACCCUUUUUCUGCUCCCAUUCCUGGGUCUGAUGCAACUUUAAUACCCUGCACAAGACCAAGUGUCUCGUAAGCACAAUGUCUUGAUGUUUACAGAUUCCAUGUCCUCUGGCCCGUGGUCCAUCCUUUUCCAUUAUCUGUGGAGGUCUAACUCAGUGUGAAUGUCUCCACACAAUGAGGUUGCCAACAUUAAGGUCUUCCAUUCCUUUGCAGCACCAAUCAAGUUGAUUUUCUUUUUUUUCCUCCUUUCUUUUUUCUUAAUUUUACAUUAUACACAUACAAAAAAUUGCCUUUUUGAUCUUAUUUCUGCUUCCGUAAGUUCUAACUCUAUCCUCCUUCCUCAUGUACACUUUUAAUUACCUUUUUGAAAAAAGAAUGUUUUACGCAUUGCCAUAACCUACGUUUUUUUUCCUUUACGUGCUUAAUCUGUUGGACUUUUUUGUUUGCUCAUGGAACAGUUUUACAGAAGCAGAACUAGUACCUGGAAGAAACAUCCUCAUGCUCUGCAUUCUCGAACUCUGACAUUAGGGUACAACUGAACCAAACCCUCUCAUAAACAAACUCAUGGCUGACAGAUGAUCUUCUAGUGUUGUAAAACAGCUGCACUUGACCUCAGAAGGGGACGGUUUGAUUUGUCCUCACACUCUUGUUUGUUAGAAGUGAGCUCAGAUUCCACACUUAAAGAUGUGCAUUAGUUUUGCAAAUAUGGAUCAAUCGUGAAAGAUUUCAGUAAUAUUUCCUCAACCGAAAUGGUGAGGACAAUCUGGUGUUUUUAUCUACCAGAAUCAACAUUGAUAAUGUUAAUGAGUCUGAUUUUUUAUUUUAUUUGCGCUCACAAUGCUCAUCAGCUGCAUGUAUUAUGUCGUCUGCAGCUUCUUCAUUUCAGCCAACUCAUACUGCUCAUUCAAACGUUCCUUCUCAUUAUAUGAUUAUUGUUGUUUUUCUUUAUUUUGCCCUACACCCUCCUUUGUUAUGUGAUGGGGCCUCAUUUAUUUUCCAGAUCUUGUAAACAUUUUGUUUAUUUUAAACAGUUAUUUAAAAAAAAUGCACUAAGAAGAUGAAAAAGACUUUACAAUCAUGACCAGGUUCAGUGGAGUGUCAAAAUGCAUUAUAGUUUUUUAAGAAGUUGAAUGUAUUUCUAAUGGAUUCCAACUGUGCAGAUGCUUUUCUUACUGAACAAAAGCAUUUUAUAAAUUUGUAAUAACGGCGUUGAAUAAAUCCUACUUUCCCAAGUUUGAUCUGA